GAUGCUUUUAUAAUCUGUGGUGUUUUCUGUGCUUUGCCCAUUGGGUGCUGUUAUGUGAAAAGUUUUUUACAAAUUUAGUGGUUAUUAAACAGGAUGGAGCGGCAAAGCCCGGAUUCUUCAAGUUUGGUGUGUUGUGUUACAUUGGAAUGUCUGAAUUCGCAGAAUUCGAUGUGCCGUAGAACUAAUUUCAAAACCGUUACACUACGUUUAAUAAGGAACGAAUUUCGCGACAUUUACAUUGAGCUACAAAAUAACAACAUGAGUUGCAAAUAUCACCUGAAAGGGAUUAGUGUUCACAAAAAGUUUGUGUCAGAGGGUAAGGCUUCCAUCCAUUUUUCUGAGCAGAAUAUUGUGCUCCUUAUUUUUAAUGCUCCUCCGGUCCACUUAAUGGCUUUCUUGAGAACCAUGUUAAUCAAACUGUCUGCGGCCAGGGGGGAAUCGAAAGUGGGGCCUCGGGCACAGUUGUUGUCCAGCAAGCCAAAAAACCUGGAGGAGAUCAGCCCAGUGAGCAUAAAAGAGAUAAACCAGGUGAAGAAGAAGGUGGAGUUCAGCUCCAUAACACCUCCAGGCACCAAGAAGAGACUGUCACAGGGACAAGAAGGCCACAGGCUGGGAAAGAAGUUGUGUCUGUCACUGCCACUUGGCCCUGGUUUGCUGACGCAGGAGCAGAAGGAGGUGCUGGAUGCAGCACUCAGUGGAAGGAACAUAUUCUUCACAGGCAGUGCUGGGACAGGCAAGUCGUACCUGCUGCGCCGGAUCAUUGGCGCUUUACCUCCAGAUGUCACUGUGGCCACUGCGAGCACAGGAGUUGCAGCUUGUCACAUUGGAGGAGUUACGCUGCAUUCAUUUGCUGGCAUUGGCAGUGGACAGGCAUCAGUGGAACGCUGCAUAGAUCUGGCAAGAAGGCCUCACAUUCAGCAGGCCUGGCGCAAGUGUCGCCACCUGAUAAUUGAUGAAAUCUCAAUGGUGGAUGGCUUGUUCUUUGAGGUGAGACGUACAACGUUUUAUUAAUUGAAGUUGUAGUGC